AUGUUUCGAGCUGCCUCAAACCCCAUGGACGAUGCUAUCGUCAAGGCGACAGAUGAGAACCUCACGAGCGAGAACUGGGAGUACAUACUUGACGUCUGCGACCGAGUGUCGACCACCCCGGCCGGACCACAACAUGCCAUCUCCGCCCUCAUCAAGCGCCUGGCACAUCGAAACGCCAAUGUGCAGCUGUAUACCCUCGAGCUCGCGAAUGCCCUGUCGCAGAACUGUGGCGCCCCGCUGCAUCGCGAGUUGGCGUCCAAAGCAUUCACAGACAGUCUGCUAAGGCUGGCAGGCGACAGGAAUACGCAUGGCCAGGUCAAGCAGAAAGUGGUGGAGCGCAUGGAGAAUUGGACGGAGGAGUUCAGGAACAGUCCCGAUCUUGGCAUUAUGGAGCAGGCGUAUGGACGGUUGAGGACACAGCAGCCGGGACUACAGGCACCGAGCAAGCCAGUCAAGCAGCAGAUUAGUCACGAGGACAGACGGAAAGAGGAAGAGGAGUUGCAGAUGGCCUUGGCGUUGAGUGUACAGGACAAGGCAGCAGCGGCGUCUAGUCCACCGCCGGCGAAGAAUGGCGACAACCAGCAGACUCCACAAGCACAACCUGCAGCGCCGCAGGGCACCACAGCCGCGACGGUGAGCAGGGUACGAGCACUCUAUGACUUUGCACCGUCCGAGGCCGGCGAGCUAGCCUUCGCCAAGGGUGAUAUCAUCGCGGUGCUGGAGUCGGUAUAUAAAGAUUGGUGGAAGGGUAGCUUGAAAGGACAGACCGGCAUCUUCCCACUCAACUAUGUUGAAAAGCUACCAGAUCCGACGAAAGAGGAAUUAGAGCGUGAUGCGCAGAUGGAGGCGGAGGUGUUUGGCGAGAUCAAGAAUGUCGAGAAGCUGUUGGCGUUGCUCAGUGUGGGUGAGGGUCGCAGUAGGAGAGGCGUGCGGGAAGAGGAGGAGAUUAGUGAUUUGUAUCAGCGGACAUUGAGUAUCAGGCCGAAGCUCAUUGAGCUGAUUGGGAAGUACUCGCAGAAGAAGGAUGAAUUCACACAGCUAAAUGAGAAGUUCAUCAAGGCACGCCGUGACUACGAGCAUCUGCUUGAGGACUCGAUGAAAGCACCGCAACAAUAUCAGCAGUAUCCCGUCAGGUCGCGACAGCCAAUGUACCCGCCCCAGCAACAACCACCCUAUGGCGGGCCACAACAAGGUCUACCGCAAGGUUAUCCUCCUCAGAACGCACCCGCUCAAGGCUAUCCGCCGCAAGCACCCUUUGCCGCGCAGAGCCAGCAGCAUCUGCCACCACAGCAAGACCCACAACGCUUCUACUCACCCGCACCACCAAACGAAGCACCGGCCCAACAUCAACCCGGAUAUGGAAAUCCCUACCCACCACAGGACGGCCCACCCACAGCACAACCAAUCAGCGCAGGCCCAGCCCCCUUCCACUUCAUCCCAGGCGGCCUCCAAGCCCCACCACCGCAACAACAGCAGCAGCAGCAGCAACAACAACAACUCUCCCCCCAAGACCACACCAUCCGCCGCAAACCUAGCCCGCAAGGCCUCCAACCACCCCACCACCUCAGCCCCACCAACGAACCCUACAGCGCCCAACAACAAAUGCCCUUCCAAGGCCAGAUCCGUCCGGAGAGCAUCCACACCCUCAACAGCGGGAACCCGCAAGAACUCGCCACGAGUGGUUAUGAGAGUCCGGUGGAUAAUCGGCAUAGUUAUCCGCCGGCUCAUCAGAUGCAGGGGGUAAUGCUGCCACCGCCGCAACAACAACAGGUACAGCCUUAUCCUCAUGACCCUUACGGUGGGCAGCAACAAGCACCACCCCCACCACACCAACAAGCACCCCCACCACCACUCCAACUCCAACAGCAACCCCUCCACAACCACAACGACCGCGACAACCUCCCCUCCCGCCAACGAACCCAAAGCUUCGAAUCCCCCACCUCCCUCUACUCCCAACACCAACAUCAGCACCCGUCACAGCAGGGUGACAACCCGCCAUACUCUGCCGGAGGCGCCGUCCAGUCCGGGAUGCCACCACAGCAGCCUUCGGGUCCACCGCCGGGGGUGCCGAGUAGUCCGCAAUUUGCCGGUCCGCCACCAGUAGUCGUGCAGCAGCAGCAGUCGGGGGGGUAUCAGGCGUAUCAGCCUUUUGGGGCCGGUGGGCCACCACAGCUGCAGGGGCAGCAGCAGCAGCAGCAGCAAUAUCCGGUUGGUGGUGGGGGCGGCGGUGGUGGGGUGGGAGAUCCGGGGGAUUUCUAUAGGUAG